AGAGAACACAACAAGAACAAUUCACUCUCAGGGAAAGUGUGAACCAGAGUCAGUCGCCAAAAGGAAAGUGCUGUCACUUGCGAGUAGUUCAACCGGAAGUAAAAGUUCCUGGCUCGGCAAAUUAUUUAAAAGGUGGUGGGACAGAUUGUUUGAUAUUGUAAAUCUAGGCCUUUUCUGGGCAGGCGGAUAAAGUAGAGGAGGGAAUGGCGACCAUGGAUUCUGACGAUAACAAUUCAUCCUCCUCCCUCCAUGGUGGCAGUGUCGGAGCGAAUCCACCCGACCGGUUUGGUCACCUGCGACGUGUUUUGGAACGUGUGGGCCCCUUUUCUCCAGAAGGAUAUGAAGCUACGCCGGACAUUUUGAAGUUCAUCCACAGUUGCAAAGUCUUGGUGGUGGGAGCUGGUGGGUUGGGAUGCGAGUUGGUGAAGAAUUUAGCUCUGAUGGGAUUUCAAAAUAUGCACAUCAUCGACAUGGACACGAUCGACUUGUCCAAUUUGAACAGGCAGUUUCUCUUUCGAAUUGGAGACGUGGGUCAGUCAAAGGCCGAAGUGGCGGCAGCUUUUAUCAACAAGAGGGUCCAGUCCGCAAACGUCACGGCGUACUACUCUCGGAUCGAGGAUCACGACGAGGAUUUUUAUUCUUCCUUCCAUAUCAUCGUUUGUGGGCUGGACUCGAUCGUAGCGCGGCGUUGGCUGAACAACAUGGUCUUCUCCCUCCUCCGAUACGACGACGACGGGGCGGUGGAGCCAGAUUCAGUCAUUCCCAUCGUCGACGGCGGCACGGAAGGCUUCAAAGGCAACGCAAGAGUCAUCUGCCCUGGGCAGACGCCUUGCAUUGAGUGCAAUCUCGACCUUUUUCCCCCACAGAUAAACUACCCAUUGUGCACGUUGGCGAGCAAGCCACGCCUUCCAGAGCACUGCAUCGAAUAUGUGCGACUGAUCCAGUGGGGCGAGGAGAAACCAUUUGAGGUUCCGAUCGACGGCGACGACCCUGCCCACAUCAACUGGAUCUAUGAAAAGGCCGUCGAACGAGCAAGUCUCUACGGAAUUCAAGGAGUAACUUAUCGCCUCACACAAGGCGUCGUAAAACACAUCAUCCCCGCCGUGGCGUCGACAAAUGCUGUCAUCGCGGCAGCUUGUGCAACCGAAGUCCUCAAAAUUGCGUCCAGCUGUUGCACCCCGAUGGACAAUUUUAUGAACUUUAGCGACUCUGAUGGCAUUUAUACGUAUACUUACAAGGCUGAGAGGAGGGAGGACUGCAUGGCGUGUUCUAACGUUCCGAAGGUGUUGGAGUUUGCCGGAGAAGUUCGGCUGGGCGAAGUGAUCGAGUUUCUCCAGGAGAGUCCCACCUUCCAAAUGAAGCACCCCGCCGUGAUUGCGAGCGUGGGGGGACGGUCGAAAACGCUCUACAUGGCCAUGAUGUCCGCCACACACUCCAACCUCGAGCAGAAAAUGAAAGAUCUCGGAAUCGCGGAUCGUGGCGAGAUCGUCGUCUCUGACGCCACCACACCCGCCGCACGGACAUUCAUCCUGCAGUACAAGGAGGCAGGAGCAGGUGUGAUAAAUAAUGGCACGGCAGAGACGAAGAUAAGCAAUAAUAAUUCGUCGUGAUAAUGCAGAGCCAACUAUUUGAUAAUUUGUACUAAUCGUAAGUAUAUGUAAAAGGAGUGACAUGAAAUAAAAUUGAAUAUCGUCGAGA